GUCAAUUCGGUUUAAUUUUUAAACUGACAGAGCUACACGUGUUUUGCUGAGUGUAAAAUUUGAUACGUUGCACACUUGUAAGACGUAGACAACAUAUGCACCAUGCGGGUAUCAUGUCUUCUCAGUAUGUAGGAUAAUAAUAAAGUGUUUGAAUUCAAUGGUCAGUUUUAUUUUUACAAUUAUUAAUAUUAUAUUGUGAGCUAUAUAAUAUAUAUUAUUAGUAAAUCAUUAGUUUUUAAUUAAUUUUUUUUUUUGAUUUUCAGGGUUCAACAAUGUCUCAAUACAGGAGUUUGAUAAACAAUACGGGUGAUAUUUUACAAUCACCGCCUUUGGUCCGUGCAAGUAAUACAGCACAAAUAAUUGGUAAUACUGUCUCAUACUCCAACAUUGAACCUCCAACGCUACCACAGAUACAACAGCUCAACACAUGGAAUGUUGAGCCGAUUUCAAUUAUUCCAGCCACAGAGAUCAUUGACCUAACUUCCCCACCGCCCAUCCCUGUUCCUCCAACUGUGCAGGAGAAUUAUCUUCCUUUUGAACGGGAAUUGACGGUGUUGGCCCGUGACACAUCUAGUCAUGCAUACAUAGAUUCAACAAUGUCUCAAUACAGGAGUUUGAUAAACAAUACGGGUGAUAUUUUACAAUCACCGCCUUUGGUCCGUGCAAGUAAUACAGCACAAAUAAUUGGUAAUACUGUCUCAUACUCCAACAUUGAACCUCCAACGCUACCACAGAUACAACAGCUCAACACAUGGAAUGUUGAGCCGAUUUCAAUUAUUCCAGCCACAGAGAUCAUUGACCUAACUUCCCCACCGCCCAUCCCUGUUCCUCCAACUGUGCAGGAAAAUUAUCUUCCUUUUGAACGGGAAUUGACGGUGUUGGCCCGUGACACAUCUAGUCAUGCAUACAUAGGUUCAACAAUGUCUCAAUACAGGAGUUUGAUAAACAAUACGGGUGAUAUUUUACAAUCACCGCCUUUAGUCCGUGCAAGUAAUACAGCACAAAUAAUUGGUAAUACUGUCUCAUACUCCAACAUUGAACCUCCAACGCUACCACAGAUACAACAGCUCAACACAUGGAAUGUUGAGCCGAUUUCAAUUGUUCCAGCCACAGAGAUCAUUGAUCUAACUUCCCCAGGGUUAGGUUAGGUUAGAUACUAUGGGUUGAACAUUAAAAAUAAUAUAACAAGUUUGUUGACUAUGUUGUGCAUAAAUGUUUUGUAUUUAUAUGUAACUGCCCGUAUUAAUAGAUAUUAGUUACU